GGAGAAGAUGAAUAAAAUCUUUGCAAAAAAUAUAGAAAUGGAGGGAGAAGUGAACACAAUCAAACAAGAGAAUGCUGAUUUGGAAACAGAACUAAAAAACACGAACGCAAAGGUAUUAGACUUAACAAAUGAACUCAAAUCAACUGAAACAGAGUACCGUAAUUUUAAAACAAAAUUCAAAGCAAACGAAGAAGAAAUCUCAGACAUGAAAAUCAAGCUUGAAACAGUAAGAGAGGAUCAUGCAAAAUCACAAGCUGAAAUGACAGAGAAACUUCAGACAUUAGAAGCACAGAAAACAGGACUUGAGGCCACAGUUCAUGAGUUGAGACAUGAAAAUCAUGACAUGAAAGAAGAAAUAAAAACCCUUGAAAGUAAAAACAACAAUGCUGCUUCAGAGCUUGGCAAAAUGCGAGAUUAUGGCACAUUGAAAUGGGUGGUAAAGGGGCGAAAACGUGCGAAGAAAUUGGCUGAAACAUUACAAGACAAAGACUAC